CCUUGCCAAGAAGACUACGAGCCGAGCCGAUCCCGAUGACACUGAGGUAAACAAGUCCCGCUAUGGCCGCCGCCGCUGCUGCUCCCAGGCCCGUGCCGAAGCUACCAGAUGGCUACGACAGGUGGGCAUGUCUCUACCCGGCCUACAUCAACAAGGACAAGUCUAGAGCAGAGGGCAGGAGGAUACCUAAGGAUAAGGCUGUGUCAGCACCCACCUGCAAGGAGAUGCUGGAUGUGCUAUCCACCUCUGGCCUUCAGGUGAUAGGAGAGAGAAAGAUCUACUGCCGAGAGAAGAGCAAAGAGCCUCCCUUCUGGGGCCGUGUGAGGGUCCAGCUGAAAUCACCAGCUGGGGAACUGGUCAACCCAAAGUUCAGUACCCGGGACGACGUGAUGCUUUAUGCCGCAGAAAAAAUACCUCAGCUCAAGUCAAGGACGAACCCCAAACACACCCAGGACAGCGGGCAGCAGCAGGGCAAGCAAGGCAAGGGCAAGAAGAGGAAGUGAGGAUGAGGGGCAGAGCUUGACAAUAUAUGAAAGAGUUACACUAUUGGGUUGUUCGGAAAAUAAAUGAUUUAUAGGUUGA